UUUUACAGUUUUCCAUAAAAAUUAGAGCGCCUCCAGAAAAAUCGCAGUUGGAUGUCUCAUGUGAUCUGGUGCGGCGGAAGGUCCGACAUUUGAAGGCGCAGUACCGUAAAGCCAAUGGCUGGCUCGCGUCUACGGGUGCAGGACCACAAGAUGAAGCUGACGGUAGAACCAUCGAAGCAAAAAUUGCUAAAAUGUGCCCUUAUUACGAUCAGUUGAGGGAAAUAUUUGGAAAGCGGUUGCCGGCCAUGCAACUGUUACUAAGUGAAAGUAACCUUCUUUCGCCUCAGUUGUGUCUAGUUAGUCCUGCGCCAGAAUUCGAAGUAGAAUUCUUGGUAGAGAAUGUGUACCUGCUGCGCCAUCAAAUGCCGCAUCUUCGAUCGCACCAAUUUCCACCCCGGUAUCAACAUACCAACGAUCGAUUCGGCCUCCAAAAUCAUCCAUUAGACAAUUGGCGGCUAUCCAAGCUAAAAAAAUUGCUAUGGAAGCGAAGAAGCUGGAAUUUGACAAGUAUAAAUUCGAUGAAGAAAAGAAAAUUCAGGAAAGGAAAUUAGAUAUAGGGUCAAAAAAUUAUAUAUAGAAUUAAAAAAA